AUGUCUGCUGAUUUAAGUGUACGCGAAUCAAGGCUGAAUUUAGAUUUCACGACAAAAAAAGUAUCGGAAGCAAUAAGAGAAAUUGAGAAUGACAUCAACGAAGAGCUGGAACUCACCCACGAUCUAACGGAGCUGAAUGAAAAAAUGUCUGGACUUUUGAAACAUUUUUCCGCUGUCGAAGAAAAAGUUAUCGAACUGGUGAGAACGAAUUACAAUAUGGAAAGCGUGAUGAUUUCGACGCCCGUCGACAUAAAUCACGAGGUGAAGAGAGUGCUGAGGAAAAAAAAGAAGCUCGAGAUGGGAAAAAUCGAGGAGCACAAAAGUCUUGGAAAUUUAGACUGCGUGACUGGAUAGUUACGUUUGAGAUAACAUUUUUUAAUUGA